UGGGGGGAGGAAGGAGGUGGGCAUCCCGCCCACCUUGGCCGCGGCGGGAGGAGCUGUCAAGCCCCGGCGGCGGGGGUGCGCCCCGCGCCCGGCCGGCCUCGGAGGAGCGUCCGCUGCGUUCGGGGCUGGGGCUGGAGGCGGCCGCCGCACGCGCGCACACGCACACGUUCCGCGGAGGGCGAGAGGCGGCGAGCGGCUCCGACACCAUCUGCAGUGUCAAUGCGGCGCGCCCGCUGACGGCGGCCAGAGCGGCGCUCGCAGGAAGCCCCGCUCCUGGGUCCUGGCUCUUUGAGAAGACGCCGUGCUAGGCACUGUGGACUCAUGCCUGCCAUAAAAGCCAUGCUGUGGCCCUGGACUUGCCUGCUUGCCCACCUUCUGAUAUUGGGGCCGGGCUCCUCCACACUUCUCCCCCGGCAACCACCACCGGCACCAUCCCCCAAACGGUCCUUUGUCACUUUCCGCGGGGAGCCCACGGAGGGCUUCAACCACCUGGUGGUGGAUGAGAGGACAGGGCAUCUGUAUCUGGGCGCCGUCAAUCGGAUCUACAAGCUCUCCAGUGACCUGAAGGUCUUGGUGACCCACCAGACGGGGCCGGACGAGGACAACCCCAAGUGUUACCCGCCCCGCAUCGUGCAGACGUGCCACGAGCCCCUGACCACCACCAACAAUGUUAACAAGAUGCUGCUGAUUGACUAUAAGGAGAACCGGCUCAUCGCCUGUGGGAGCCUGUACCAGGGCAUCUGCAAACUGCUGCGACUCGAGGACCUCUUCAAGCUGGGGGAGCCCUUCCACAAAAAGGAGCAUUACCUGUCGGGGGUCAAUGAGAGCGGCUCAGUCUUUGGUGUGAUUGUCUCCUACAGCAACCUGGACGACAAGCUAUUUAUCGCCACGGCAGUGGACGGGAAGCCGGAAUAUUUCCCCACCAUCUCCAGCCGGAAGUUGACCAAGAACUCGGAGGCAGAUGGCAUGUUUGCAUAUGUCUUCCAUGACGAGUUUGUGGCCUCCAUGAUCAAGAUCCCCUCGGAUACCUUCACCGUCAUCCCUGACUUUGACAUCUACUAUGUCUAUGGUUUUAGCAGUGGCAACUUUGUCUACUUUCUGACCUUGCAACCCGAGAUGGUUUCUCCCCCGGGCUCCACCACCAAGGAGCAGGUGUACACCUCCAAGCUGGUGCGGCUGUGCAAGGAGGACACGGCCUUCAACUCGUACGUGGAGGUACCCAUCGGCUGCGAGCGCAAUGGGGUGGAGUACCGCUUGCUGCAGGCCGCCUACCUGUCCAAAGCUGGGGCCGUGCUGGCGCGGACCCUCGGGGUGCGUGCUGAGGAUGACCUCCUCUUCACCGUCUUCUCCAAAGGCCAGAAGCGCAAGAUGAAAUCGUUGGACGAGUCGGCCCUGUGCAUCUUCAUCUUAAAACAGAUCAAUGACCGCAUCAAGGAGCGGCUGCAGUCCUGCUACCGGGGUGAGGGCACGCUCGACCUGGCCUGGCUCAAGGUCAAGGAUGUGCACUGCAGCAGCGCGCUCUUAACCAUCAAUGAUAAUUUCUGUGGCCUGGAUAUGAACGCACCCCUGGGCGUGUCAGAGAUGGUACGUGGCAUUCCUGUCUUCACAGAGGACAGGGACCGCAUGACCUCAGUCAUUGCCUACGUCUAUAAGAACCACUCUCUGGCCUUCGUGGGCACCAAAAGUGGCAAACUGAAGAAGAUUCGUGUAGAUGGGCCCAGGGGCAACGCUCUCCAGUAUGAGACGGUGCAGGUGGUGGAGCCAGGCCCUGUCCUCCGGGAUAUGGCUUUCUCCAAGGACCACGAGCAGCUAUACAUCAUGUCAGAAAGGCAGCUCACCAGAGUCCCCGUGGAGUCGUGUGGGCAGUAUCGGAGCUGCAGCGAGUGCCUGGGCUCGGGAGAUCCCCACUGCGGCUGGUGUGUGCUGCAUAACACGUGCACCCGGAAGGAGCGCUGUGAGCGGUCCAGGGAGCCGCGCAGGUUUGCCUCUGAGAUGAAGCAGUGCGUGAGGCUGACGGUACACCCCAGCAACAUCUCCGUGUCGCAGUACAAUGUCCUGCUGGUCCUGGAGACGUACAAUGUCCCUGAGCUGUCAGCGGGCGUCAACUGCACCUUUGAGGACCUGUCAGAGAUGGAUGGGCUGGUGGUGGGCAAUCAGAUCCAGUGCUACUCCCCGGCAGCCAAGGAGGUGCCCCGGAUCAUCACGGAGAAUGGGGACCACCAUGUCGUCCAGCUGCAGCUCAAAUCUAAGGAGACGGGCAUGACCUUUGCUAGCACCAGUUUUGUCUUCUACAACUGCAGUGUCCACAAUUCGUGCCUGUCUUGCGUGGAGAGCCCAUACCGCUGCCACUGGUGUAAAUACCGACACGUCUGCACCCAUGACCCCAAGACUUGCUCCUUCCAGGAAGGCCGAGUGAAGCUCCCUGAGGACUGUCCGCAGCUGCUGCGUGUGGAUAAGAUCCUGGUGCCUGUGGAGGUGAUCAAGCCCAUCACACUGAAGGCCAAGAACCUGCCGCAGCCGCAGUCAGGGCAGCGUGGCUAUGAGUGCAUCCUCCGCAUCCAGGGCGGAGAGCAGCGGGUGCCCGCGCUGCGCUUCAACAGCUCCAGCGUGCAGUGCCAGAACACCUCGUACUCCUACGAGGGGAUGGAGAUCAACAACCUGCCCGUGGAGUUGACGGUCGUGUGGAACGGCCACUUCAGCAUUGACAACCCAGCUCAGAAUAAAGUGCACCUCUAUAAAUGUGGAGCCAUGCGUGAGAGCUGCGGCCGGUGCCUCAAGGCAGACCCCGACUUCCAGUGUGGCUGGUGUCAGAGCCAGGCGCAGUGCACCCUGCGCCAGCACUGCCCGCUGCAUGAGAGCCAGUGGCUGGAGCUGGCGGGUGCCAACAGCAAGUGCACGAAUCCCCGCAUCACCGAGAUCAUCCCAGUGACAGGACCCCGGGAAGGGGGCACCAAGGUCACCAUCCGAGGAGAAAACCUGGGCCUAGAAUUCCGGGAUAUUGCCUCUCAUGUCAAGGUGGCCGGUGUGGAGUGCAAUCCUUUGGUGGACGGCUACAUCCCAGCAGAGCAGAUCGUGUGUGAGAUGGGGGAGGCCAAGCCCAGUCAACAUGCCGGCUUCGUGGAGAUCUGUGUAGCUGUGUGUAGGCCCGAAUUCAUGGCUCGGUCCUCGCAGCUCUACUAUUUCAUGACGCUGACACUCUCAGAUCUGAAGCCCAGCCGGGGACCCAUGUCCGGGGGCACCCAAGUGACCAUCACGGGCACCAACCUGAACGCAGGCAGCAACGUGGUGGUGAUGUUUGGGAGGCAACCCUGCCUCUUCCACAGGCGCUCCCCAUCUUCCAUCGUCUGCAACACCACCUCCUCGGAAGAGGGGCUGGACAUGCCGCUCACCGUGCAGGUGGACCGGGCCAAGAUCCACCACCAGGACCUGUCCUUCCAGUACGUGGAAGACCCCACCAUCGUACGCAUUGAGCCUGAGUGGAGCAUUGUCAGCGGGAACACACCCAUCGCCGUAUGGGGCACAAACCUGGACCUCAUUCAGAACCCCCAGAUCCGCGCCAAGCACGAAGGGAAGGAGCACAUCAAUCUCUGCGAGGUUCUGAACGAGACAGAGAUGACCUGCCAGGCACCUGCUCUCGCCCUGGGGCCCGACCACCAAUCCGACCUGACAGAGAGGCCUGAGGAGUUCGGCUUUAUCCUUGACAACGUGCAGUCCUUGCUCAUUCUUAACAAGACCAACUUCACCUACUACCCCAACCCCGUCUUUGAGGCCUUUGGUCCCUCUGGCAUCCUGGAGCUCAAGCCAGGCACACCCAUUAUCCUGAAGGGCAAGAACCUGAUCCCGCCGGUGGCUGGGGGCAACGUGAAACUCAACUACACAGUGCUGGUCGGGGAGAAGCCCUGCACCGUGACCGUGUCAGACGUGCAGCUGCUCUGCGAGUCCCCCAACCUCAUUGGGCGGCACAAAGUGAUGGCCCGCGUCGGUGGCAUGGAGUACUCGCCAGGCAUGGUGUACAUCGCCCCUGACAGCCCACUCAGCCUCCCGGCCAUCGUCAGCAUCGCUGUGGCCGGCGGUCUCCUCAUCAUCUUCAUCGUGGCCGUGCUCAUUGCCUACAAACGCAAGUCCCGCGAGAGUGACCUCACGCUGAAGCGGCUCCAGAUGCAGAUGGACAACCUGGAGUCCCGCGUGGCCCUGGAGUGCAAGGAAGCCUUUGCGGAGCUGCAGACCGACAUCCAUGAGCUGACCAGCGACCUGGAUGGAGCAGGGAUUCCCUUCCUGGACUACAGAACCUAUACCAUGCGGGUGUUAUUCCCAGGCAUCGAAGACCAUCCCGUCCUCCGGGACCUUGAGGUACCUGGCUACCGGCAGGAGCGCGUGGAGAAGGGCCUGAAGCUCUUCGCGCAGCUCAUCAACAACAAGGUCUUCCUGCUGUCCUUCAUCCGCACACUCGAGUCCCAGCGCAGCUUCUCCAUGCGGGACCGUGGCAACGUGGCCUCGCUCAUCAUGACCGUGCUGCAGAGCAAGCUGGAAUAUGCCACCGACGUGCUCAAGCAGCUGCUGGCUGACCUCAUCGACAAGAACCUGGAGAGCAAGAACCACCCCAAGCUGCUGCUCCGGAGGACGGAAUCUGUGGCUGAGAAGAUGCUGACCAACUGGUUCACUUUCCUGCUCUACAAAUUCCUGAAGGAGUGCGCUGGGGAGCCCCUCUUCUCCCUGUUCUGUGCCAUCAAGCAGCAGAUGGAGAAGGGCCCCAUCGAUGCCAUCACGGGCGAGGCCCGCUACUCGCUGAGUGAGGACAAGCUUAUCCGGCAGCAGAUCGACUACAAGACACUGGUCCUGAGCUGCGUCAACCCUGACAGUGCCAACAGCCCUGAGGUUCCCGUGAAGAUCCUCAACUGCGACACCAUCACUCAGGUCAAGGAAAAGAUUCUGGAUGCCAUCUUCAAGAAUGUGCCCUGCUCCCACCGGCCCAAGGCUGCAGAUAUGGACCUGGAGUGGCGACAAGGGAGUGGGGCCCGAAUGAUCCUGCAGGAUGAAGACAUUACUACUAAGAUCGAGAACGAUUGGAAGAGAUUAAACACCGUGGCCCAUUACCAGGUUCCAGAUGGAUCCGUGGUGGCUUUAGUGUCCAAGCAGGUCACCGCAUAUAAUGCUGUGAACAACUCCACGGUGUCUAGGACGUCCGCAAGCAAAUAUGAAAACAUGAUCCGGUACACGGGCAGUCCUGACAGCCUCCGCUCACGCACGCCCAUGAUCACCCCUGACCUGGAGAGUGGAGUCAAGAUGUGGCACCUGGUGAAGAACCACGAGCACGGGGACCAGAAGGAGGGUGACCGGGGGAGCAAGAUGGUGUCUGAGAUCUACCUGACACGGCUGCUGGCCACAAAGGGCACAUUGCAGAAGUUUGUGGACGACCUUUUCGAGACCAUCUUCAGCACAGCGCACCGUGGUUCUGCCCUGCCGCUGGCCAUCAAGUACAUGUUUGACUUCCUGGACGAGCAGGCUGAUAAGCAUGGCAUUCACGACCCACAUGUUCGCCAUACCUGGAAGAGCAACUGCCUGCCACUGCGGUUUUGGGUGAACAUGAUCAAGAACCCCCAGUUCGUGUUUGACAUCCAUAAGAAUAGCAUCACGGACGCCUGCCUCUCAGUGGUGGCACAGACCUUCAUGGACUCCUGCUCCACAUCAGAGCACCGACUGGGCAAAGACUCGCCCUCCAAUAAGCUGCUCUACGCCAAGGACAUCCCCAGCUACAAGAGCUGGGUAGAGAGGUAUUACUCAGACAUUGGGAAGAUGCCCGCCAUCAGCGACCAGGACAUGAAUGCCUACCUGGCCGAGCAAUCUCGGAUGCAUAUGAAUGAGUUCAACUCCAUGAGCGCACUGUCAGAGAUCUUCUCCUACGUGGGCAAGUAUAGUGAGGAGAUCCUCGGCCCUCUGGACCACGAUGACCAGUGUGGGAAGCAGAAACUGGCCUACAAACUAGAGCAAGUCAUAACCCUCAUGAGCUUAGACAGCUGAGAACCGUCCUCCAGGGUCACCCUGGAGGAGGGACACACCAAGCCGUGCCUCUGUCUAGAUUCUCAUCUUUACCAAGUGCAAGUUCCGACUGGCCUCAGCAGCAUCCCGAGCAGCGC